AUGGAAGUCUUUGGCAAUCUCGUUAGCAACUCGCUCAGCCCCAGCGAGCGGCGGCUGGCGCCCGGGAGAGCGAGCGGCCGGGCGGCAGGCGGAGAGCAGCGACCGGGCGGCGGAGCGAGCGAGCAGCGCCGGCGCAGCGCGGUGACCCCAGCCCCGGUCGGCGCGGAGCAGAAGCCGGCGCGGAGCCCAUCUCGGCGCCCUCGCAGCUCCUCCCGGCCGAAGCCGGCCCUGCCCGGCAGCGGCAGCGGCGGCGGCGGCAGCGGCGGCGGCAGCAGCGGCGCGUCCUCCAGCGGCGGCAGCGGCGCUCGCAGCUCCGGGACCUGCAACAGCUCUGCUUGGCCAAGUCAGACUGCUGGGGCCGCCGCCUCCUUCCACUGUGACUUCCUUUUCCUGACGCCCUUAGCAGCCUCCAGUCCCGGUGGUCGACAGAGGCCUUGGCAGGACAAGGAGGAGGAGGCCCGUUGGCAUCAGACCAAUGCUGCGAGGGGUGUGAGGAUUAGAGCCGCCGUCCAUCACUCAGCUGCCAGACCUAGAAAGCAGGAUGGAGCUGGAGUGAGGCAGAGGGGCCGCCAGCUGCUGACCGGCACGCGGGACGCUGGUGAUUUGUGGGUCACUGAGGCUGGACAACGUUCAUGGCUCUCGGGUAGAACCCAGUGAAACGGCCAGAAUGAAUUCUAUGGACAGGCACAUCCAACAGACCAAUGACCGACUGCAGUGCAUCAAGCAGCACUUACAGAACCCUGCCAACUUCCACAAUGCUGCCACGGAGCUGCUGGACUGGUGCGGAGACCCGCGAGCCUUCCAGCGGCCCUUUGAGCAGAGCCUGAUGGGCUGUUU